AUGAAGCGCGAUCUAACAGAGCUUAUGCGGACUGCUGUGGUCACAGCGGACCGCUGCGUCGAUGGCGUUGGCUUCCGCCAACUCACCACCCUCAAAGUUGUGCCCGCGGCCGAGUGUUCUUUGGAUUGUACAGUCUCUUGGCCCUCAGCGCACAACAAGAGCGGUCUGCAGAGUUCUCGCAUCAGUCCCCAGUGCUCGUCAACCAACAGCUUGCCCUGUUCCACUACCGCUGACCCCUCCGCCUUCUGCAACAUUACACGACCCCUCUGUUCUCGGCGACAGUCGGCUCUCCAGUCACAGUUAAUGACUACGCCCCUUUUUGACGGAAGCAAGUCGCAGAUUAGCCAGCCUGCCCGCGCAGUCGGUCUUUUGAGAGUUGAGGGGCUCCUGGACGAUGAUGUUGGGGAGUUGAGUGCCUUCGCUUCCUACCUCUCACCCAGUCGUGGCGACGUUUCUCUAUGCCGACUUAAAUACCUCCCCUCCCCUCACCUUGAGCGGGUUUCGUUCGAGAACCUCCCUUCGCUGGUGCAGGAGUCUCGGUUGUUAUCCGUUAGAUCCCGUGAAGCUGGCAGCAGCGGCGGACGGAAGAUUGAUCCACCCCCGCCGCACGUCUCAUCACCUGUGGAAUUCGAACUGACCAGUGACAAGCUGAUUCACUACUCUGUGAGCACACCUCAUAGAACGACGUUACUGUUCGUUGGAUGA